AUGGCCGUGGUGCUCGGCGCGUUCGUGCCGGACACCGCGGCGCGGUGGCGCGGCGUGGUGGAACGGGAGGUGGCGCAGGAGCUGGGCGUCGCGGCGGCCGCGAGGAAGCUGGCGGCGAGGCUGGAGAGCGUGGCCGCCGUGCUGGGCGACGCCGAGGCGCAGGCGGCGGGCGGGGACGAGGCCACCGCGCGGUGGCUCGCCGAGGUACGCGCCGCGGCGUACGAGGCAGACGGCGCCGUCGACCGGUGCAGGGUCGCCGCGCGCCGGCUCGGGGGCAGGGAACCCAAGCAGCCGCCGCAGCAGCAGCAGGCUCUGCCUUGGCUGCUAUCCUCCUGCUGCGAGGACGCCGAGCCCCACGGCGACAUCGCCGCCGACCUCAAGCGCGUGGACCGGAACCUGCAGGCGGUCCUGAGGAAGCAGCGGCGGCUGCAGCUCCACGCGGCGUACACGGCCGAUCCCACCGUCCAUACGCGGACGUUGCUGAGGCGCCAGCCAACUGAUCCAGGCAUCGUCGGCACAAGGAUCGAAGACGACGCCCGCCUGCUCGUCGAUCGGCUGACGCAGACGGGCAGGCCAGCCACAUGCGAGGUCGUCGCCAUCGUCGGACCGGACGGCCUCGGCAAGACCAGGCUCGCGAGGAUGGUGUACGAGAGCGCGAGGGUGCGUUGCAGCUUCGGGACAACCUCAUGGGUUCGCCUCUCCAGAGGGUACACGGAGGCCGGCCUGCUCUCGCAGGUCAUCGACGCCUUUGGGGGCGACACCAAGGGCGGCGAGAGCGUCGCCGACCUCCAGGCAAUGCUGACAGGCCUGGUGGCGAACAAGAGGUUCCUGCUCGUGGUCGACGACGUGUGGUACGGCGGGGUGUGGGAGGACGUGCUGCAGAACCCACUGGGCCGCGGCGGCAAGGUGCUGGUCACAGCGCGGCGCGGCAGCACUGCCCGCGAGAUGGGCGCCAGCCUUGUCCACCGGGUGAAGAGGCUCAGCGCCGACGACGGCUGGCUGCUGCUCCGCACGGCGGCGUGCGUGGCUGACGACGAGAGCCAGCUGGAGGGCGUCGGCGAAAGGCUCGUCGAGAAGUGCGGCGGCAUCCCUCUGGCCAUCAAGGCGGUCGCCGGCGUGCUGAGAACACGGGAGGCCAGCGCCGACGUGUGGGGCGAGGUGCUCGCGAGCCCCGCGUGGUCGGUGAAGGGGCUGCCGGACGACGCCAUGAAGGCGCUGUACCUGUGCUACGAUGACCUGCCGCACCACCUGAAGCAAUGCUUCCUGUACUGCCCGCUGUCCCCCCCGGGCUACACCGUCGAGAGGCAGGUGCUCGUGCAGCACUGGAUGGCCGAGCGCUUGGUGCAGACCAGGAGCGGCGCCUCCGUCGAGGAGGUAGCCGAGGGGUACUACGAUGAGCUCGUCGGCAGGAACCUUCUCCAGACGACGCAGGAAGACGUGCGCGGAUGCACGAUGCACGAAGCGCUGCAUGCUCUGGCGCAGCUGCUCCUGCAAGGCGAGGGCUUCACCGGCGACGGCCAGCGGCUGCCCGACGACGGCGACACCUCCUUCAGGCCACGGCGCGUCUCCCUUCCAGGAAGAAACAUGGCUACGAUACCAGAGAGCAUCCUGAAUUCGGAGAGGAUAAGAACGCUGCUGCUUCCCAGGAACCCACUGGCAACCGAAGGAAACAUCUUCACGAGGCUGCAUCAUCAGCUGCGAGUCCUCGACCUGAGUGAAACAGGAAUUGAGCUCAUCCCAGAGACUCUGGGGAAUAUGGUUCACCUGAGGCUCCUCAACCUGUCCCGGACGGGGAUACAGGCGGUUCCAGAGUCCAUCGGCAACCUGUGGAGCCUGAACUUCUUGCUGCUGAGGGAGUGCAAGUCACUGCAUGCUCUGCCCAAAGGCAUGAAGCACCUGAGGAGGCUCAGAGACCUUGACCUGGCUGGAACGACGAUCGCCGCCGCGGCGUUCAGGGUAGGCCAGCUGAGAAGCCUCACGUCGCUCCAGUGCUUCGCCGUGGCCAGCAAAGAGGACAGGGGCGGGUGGCCUCUGGCUGAGCUCAAGCACUUGUGCCAGCUGAGGAUACUCCAUGUGCACAAGCUCGAGAGGUCCCCCGGUCGGUCUGAGGCAGCUGAAGUGGCACUUGCCAGCAAGAUGAGCCUCAGGGAGCUCGCGCUGUCAUGCAGCGACGACACUGUGAGUCAGCCGCAGACACCAACGGCUGUCAGGAAGAUCGAGGAUGUGCUUGAAGAGCUCAACCCUCCACCGUGCCUCGAGUCGCUAAAGAUUGCCGGCUAUUUUGGGGCCAAGUUCCCCAGCUGGCUCUCAGACAUUUCCCUCCCAAAUCUUCGCCACCUCCACAUCAUCGGGUGCAACUUGUGCCAGUCCCUCCCUCCACUAGGCCUGAUGCCAGAGCUGAGAUCGUUGAGCAUUGUCGAUUCUUCAGCUCUCACGUCAAUCGAUGCAGAGUUCAUGGGCAAAUGCCACCACCCUGAGGUACCUUUUCCAAAGCUCGAGAACCUGCGCUUGCAAGGAUUACGUAAGCUUGAAACAUGGAUGGAUAUCGAGGCAGGAGCGUUGCCCUCUUUGCAGGCGAUGCAACUCGAGAGCUGCCCUGAGCUGCGACGCCUGCCUGGCGGCCUCAGACACGUGACAUCCCUGGUGGAGCUGCGCAUAGUGGACAUGGCGAGUCUCGAGGCUGUGGAGGACAUUAUUGCACUGAGAGAAUUGAGCGUUUGGAACGCACCUGAUCUGAAGAAGUUAUCAGACAUGCCUUCCCUUGAGGACCUUAGCAUAUCCCACUGCCCAGUGCUGCAGACUGUGGAGAACGUCGACAGCCUGCGAGCAGUGCGCAUAUUUGAUCAUCAGUUGCAGGAGAUCCCAAGAUGGAUCAAGGCGCUUGCAGCGACGCUGCGCUCGCUGGAUGUCACAAGCACGAUCAAGCUGCUCAAAAGGAGCCUGGUGGAUGGCCCAGACUGGCCCCUGAUCAAGGACAUUGUACAGGUUCACGGGUCGACGACUGGUUCCGGUGAUUACAUAUACUAUUCCAAGAGCCCUUACAUCUUUGAUAGCAAUGUGAAUGCUCAAGGAAACCUUGAAACUGCUGCUUCUGAUAGUGCUGAUGAGGCGUUGGCAGAAAACAGAAAUGCCAAUCAAGAUGUUGGGGUUGCAGCUUCAGGUACUGGUUAUAUGCACAUCAGUGGCUUCUUCGACUCAAAAGCAGUGAAAAAGGGAGCUCCCAUGGCUGAAGGCAAUGUGACCCAUAGGAACACAGAAAGGAGAAAUAGCCGACGUCGCAUACAUAAGCUGGCAGAAGUUAUUCCUGAAGAGGGUGAAACUGAGGAAGAUGCAGAUUCAGCUGUGCUGUUUCCUGCUCAUCCAACUAAAGCCCAUUUACGAGUGGAUAAACAGCGUCCUGUUGUUAAAGAUGAUCGUAGUGGCAAUAACGAUACAGGCUUGCUGUCAAAAGUUACCGCUCAAGAAACUGGUCCUGAUGCAACUAGGCGAAGAAGGUCAAAGAUGGGAGAGGAUGUUCAUACUGAUGCUGGCGCUGCUGGGGAUUCUUCUGUUAGCAAAUCUGCUGCUGCAGUUGGUCAUAACUUGGUCCGUGAAGGGUCUCGAGUAAUCAACAGUACUGAAACUGAUCAAAAUUCAAACAUCAGUGUACGUCAAAGCGAGAAAUGCACAUUGAAUAAAGGAGAGGACUUUGCUAACAUCAGUAAACAGACCAGGAGAGUUCAUGACACUGCAAGUAAGGUGCCAACACAAGUAGUUGGCAGUGACUCUAAAGUAUUUGGUAAUGAUAAAACUGAAAAUAGUUCACCUGCUAUCAUGGCUCGCUCCAGGCAAGUAACAUUCAACAUAAGAGAAGACGAUCAUGCUGACGCCGCUGUACAUUCACCGAACACAAUUAAUCAGAAGAAUGUCGGCAAGGUAAAAGUGACAACAACUUCUGCAAGUGCAAGCACAAAUGCAAGAACAAUGCCAGAAAUUCCAUCAGACAGAGAAGUGGCACCAAAAUCUGUUGGCACUAUUGAUAGCAGUUUAAUCCUUGAAGUUCAUCACACAGUAAGUAUUACUAAAGAUUCUACUUGUACUGGUGUUGAUAACAUUGGUGGUCAUAUGGAGGACAGGAGCAUCAGUUUGCCAGCCAAUCCAAAUCACGAAGAAUCUAAAGCAUGCAGCGCUACUGAAACCACGUGCGAUUCAGAGCCUUGCAUGUUGCCUGCAAGUUUAGCCUGGCGCAAGCAACGGGGACCGAAGAAGCAAGAAGCCAGUUUCGCAGGCGCAGGCGGUGGCAUAGGCGCAUCCAUCGAGAAAAUUCCUCGCAUGGCAAACGAAACCUCGGAGAAAGUUACCUACAAAAGCAAGGCUGGGCGAGUGGAACAUCCAUCUACUGGAGCAUCCAAGAACACCGAUCCACAUUCGAAGCCCGCGUGCACACCCUCUUGUACCAUCGGUACAACUGAAGCAACCAUGGCAUACAGACACCACACCAGCAGCCACGCCGACGAUGACAAUGCUCAUUUCUCCAUCGACAUCAAGGCCGACGACUCGCAUCAGGCACCAAAGGUGUACACCGCCAUUUGGGCAGACACCGACACGGACACCCUGCGAGCUCGGUUCCUCAGCUCGAUGCAGCACCACCACAGGAUGGCCUCCCGCCGUCGUCAUCGCCGCCGUAGGGCGAAGCACGGCUCUGGGAACACGUGGAGCAUCAGCCCGGUUUUGGUGGUCGUCCUCCUUGUCAUCUCUGUGGCCCAGCUUUUGUUCAUCAUCUGGAUGUACCGCAGGCUCCUGAACCAAAAGUAGGCGGCCAACAUGUUAACUCCAGCUCUGCACUUGUAACAUUCCUGCCAAGAAAUGCUAAUGCUUUGCUCC